ACAAAACAUCACCUCGCGAUCCAAGUCGAACGGGAAGGUUGGACGCCACCACGACAAAGCUACGCGCCCGAGAACAUCGACCCCAAGAAAACAACCAACCGAGGAGCACCGACACACCGGACACCAUGUCGCGUCCAACCUCCCCUCACAAACCGGACCAACAGCGCGCCGCCAAGGUCCUCCAGGCCCUCGAAGACCUACAAUGCACCUCGGGCGACAGCAGCGACGAAUACACCAUCAUCAAGCUCAGCGAGCCCAUCUCCUCCUCCUCAGCCUCCAACAACAACAACCCCACCCCCGCCCCCGCCCGCACCUCCGACGUCUCAACCGCCUCCCUCGACACCCCCACCCCAACCUCCCUCGAAGCCGACCUGGCCCACUACCGCGAGCUGUUCGCCAAGCUGCGCUUCUCCUACGUCGAGCAAGUCACCAAGGAGAAAUUCAUCCGCGCCAUCGUCGGCGACCCGCCGCAGAUCGUCUCGGCGCAGGAGAACGCCGAGCUCGAGGCCGGCAACGCCGCCGCCAAGGCCGCGCUCAAGCGCCUCAAGACCGACGUCGCCGCUAUGGUGGCGGAGCUGGAAACGCGCGGGAGGGGUUUGGUGGCGCGGUAUGAGGUCGUGCGCGAGGAGCUGGCCGUGCUGAGGGCGCUGCCGGCGGAGAUCGAUGGGCUGGAGGAGCGGGUAAGGGAUCUGAGGGCGCAGCAUGCGCUGUUGAGGGCUGCCGGGGUAGGGCCUGAGAUGAGUAUGCCGUUGGGGAAGACGAGGGCGUUGGUGGAGGGGAGGCGGCGGGAGUUGGGGGGGUUGGAGAGGGAGGUGGAGGUGGUGGGGGGCCAGGUGCCGCGGAAGAGGAAGGAGGUGGAGAGGUUGAGGGGGGAGGUGGCGGCGCUGGAGAAUCGGAGGGCGAAUAGUGAGGCUGCGGCGAGGGAGGCGAAGAGGAGGAGGGAGAAUGCGCAGGGCGGGGUCGAGGAUGAGUUGGAGGCGAGGGGGCGCUGGUAUAGAGCUUCGGAGACGGUGCUGAGGCAGGUGCUGGAUCUGAAAGGGUGAGACGAACGGGCGUGCUCGGGGUGUUCUCGGUUUUGCUUUUGGGGUUCUACGGUGUCUAACGCGGUCAUGGGUACACACACGGGAUAAGGAUGGGUGCAAUGGGAGGACGGCAGGGUAUUGGUUCGAUCAAAUGGGAUGGGCUUGAUUUGUUUUGACCUGGUCAGGCAAGCCUUAGGAGUUUGGUGCACAUAUGGGACAUCCAUAAAAUGUUCACUGGUGUUCGGGGAAGGCUCGGGGUGGCUCGGGAGCUCUCGCACACAGUUCGGCUACUCAGCAUACGAUCCGCUGUUUCCGGGUUUUAUCAUUUGCCAGGCGGCAUGAUCUUUGUUUAGGUAACAAAGCAAAACAGUAUUGGUGGUUUAUCACGUCUGAUGAUGAAGAUGGCCUGUUGGUGUGAAGGCUGUGCCGGCCGAAGCCAUGCUCCCGGAGUCGAGGUUGUUUCCGAACUUAGGGCAACCACAUUGAAC